UGUAGUUUGUUAUUUUAAUAUUUUUUUUUCUCUCUUCAAUUUCAACAAACAAAAGUUCUCGAUGUGAGUGGAAAGACUUUCAGCCGCGGUACCGAUAGAGGACUGGCCUAUGCCAACUUCAAGGCUCACAAGUUUUCGUACCUGAACAUCACCAGCAUUGCUUCAGAUUAUGUUAUGGAAGCCAUUGAGUGUGGACUUGCUUGUGUCAACAUACCUUCAUGUUUCUCUUUCAACUUAGCUGCAUUUCAAGACAUCGUCGGAAAAAUACUGUGUGAUUUACUUCCAUCGGACAUGUACAACAACUCAGACAAGCUUGUCGCCCGUCGGAGUCACCACCACUUUAGUAUCAUGUCUCCAUGUAUCAGUUGGCCGUGUCAGAACGAUGGGACGUGCGCUGCCCAGUACGAGAAGAACAGCUAUGUGUGGGUUUGCGGGAAAGGAUACACAGGGAAACAUUGCGAAAUGGAUAUUGAUGAAUGUGCCGAAGACUCCACCGGUUCAGAAUUUUCGUCUCAUCUUGUUUACGACGAAAGCACCUCUUUUGAAUGUUUUCAAGUGGUCCUAAAAUCUUUGAAUACAUAUCAGCAAUAUCCAUCUGGAAACUUAAAUUUUUCCCAAUAA